AUGCAGCAAAAUGAUCGAAUGCUCUCUUCAUCAGGAAGGAAUUCCGCCAUAAGGGAUCAAUUAAUCAAUUCCGAUAAACAUCAUAAAAAUCAUUAUCAUCAUACUCAACAAGAGGAAUCCGCAAAACACAUCAACGACCUGAAACAAACCAAUAUCAUUAUUUCUAAUAAUUAUGAAGAUGAGGAAUUAUUGAAACGAGUUUUUAGAGUCAUUGAUGAAAGUAAACAGCAACAAAUUCAAUCACGCGAGGCUUUGAAUAAAAUCAUGUCAGAGAAUGAACAUGCAUUGGCUAUUCAAGUGGAAUAUUUAACCGAUAUCCAAAAUCAAGUACAGGCAAUUGAGAAGCGAGCAGUACAGCUGGGACGAUCAAUAUCAAACACAUUUAAAUUAGCUGAAGGAGUCAGCCAUAAAGUAAGACAAUUACACCCAAUUCAAGAACGAGUACAGCUUGCUAUUGACGCAGUAGAGGCCAGUAUUGGAAUGAAGAGUUGUGUGGAAGGAGUUGAACAAGCUAUCAAAGUUGGAGAAUACGAGAAGGCGGUAGAUUUUGUGAGCCGUGUUUUGCACAUUAAUAAUGAUUCACACCGAAGCAAACUUGUCCAUCAAUUAAGUCAAUCACAACAUGGAGAUCAACAAGAAAGUGAAGAUGAACAGGAACGACGAAAUACUCUCUUUAAAUCUUCGGAAAAGAAAAUCAAAGAAAUUGUGAUAUCAAAACUGAAAGAGGCUCUCAAUGAUGAGAACGAGCCACAAAUCAAGAGAUUUUCAAAAUUGUUUGCCCCUCUUUGUAUUGAAGAAGAAGGCCUCGAGAUUUAUACAGAGUAUUUGACAGAUAAGGCAAGACAAGAACUUGAUUCAUUGGUUCACGACGGGUUGCAAAACAUAUCUGAGCUGCCAAUAGAAAUUAACACUAUAGAAGAUGACAUGGAGCGAUACAUGACAAUCAGAAAACAACAACAGAAAGGUUUAACAAGUUUUAUCGACAUUAUUACUCAAACUUUGGAUAUCAUUGUUUCCUAUAUAGAAGAAUAUGAGGAAUUUGUGACACUUAAUUUUGGAGGAGAAAAAUGCACAAUUUUCCUCAUUAACGCCCUUCAAAAAGUAUGUGACAAAAUGGUAAAAAAGAUUCUAGAUCAUUACGAAACUAAACGAGAAUUAUCAGAGGUUCUCAAGUUGCUCUCCAAGAAAAACAUGCCACCAACAAAAAAGACAGAAAGAGAACGCACCACCUCACCUGUACCUCGCUCUGAAAGCCCAAUCACGAACACUAAAAAAAUCGCUCCAGAUGAUCCAAGAGUUUUAGAUCUCAUCCUUGAGGAAAUGGCUGAAAUUUGUUCCAACAUUGAAGUGUAUAGACAAUUUGUUCUUUCCAAGUCGUCCACUGUCAAGGUCGACAGCGCACACAUCCAUGAUCCAAAGUACAUACUCACAAAAGAUCCAAUAACAUACAGAAAGAUUCAGGAAGUAAUGAAUUAUUACAUUCCUAUCGAUGAAGCUUUCAUGAAACAGAGCUUUUUAAAAGCUCUGCAGCUCGAUGAGACGAGUGAUCAAAUUGUAUCAAAAGCUAAUGAGGACUUUUUUGAAAGUGAUGAAGAGGAAACUUCAAGCGACGAAGAAGAUGACGAAACCACCAAAUAUUCCUCUGUAAUUAACGAUGUAUUUUUCAUAUUGAGAAAGAGCUUAAACAGGGCCAUAGAUUCUCAAAAUAUUUCUGUGAUAUGUGCAAUCUGUAAUCAUAUCAAUGGCAUUCUUUGUGGUGAAUAUUUUGAAUUUACCAAAAAAAAUUUACAUUUAAUUUCACUGGAACAUACUAACGAUAAGGAUCGUUUUGUAAAGAUAUUGAAAUCUCUGAACAAUAUUCAAAUAUCGAGUGAAUACAUUUUAAAGUUAAAGAAAGAAUUCGAUAGGAAUUAUGAGGAUCGACUUUUCAAGGAACGUCGAGUAAAUCUACCUCAAGAAAUGUUUACUCAAGAUAGAAUGAAACUUAGGAGUUGCUCUUCAGAUCUUGUACAGAGCUCAAUCUUCUUCUCUGAUCAAUUAAGAGUAUACACAAGAAAAGUAGUCAGCUCGCAAGAAUAUGCUCUAGGUAUUGAGAGAGACAUUGACUUUUUGCUCAAUAGAGAGUUGAGCCAAAAUCCACAGUUUUAUAUUUUGACAGAGAAUCAAUUUGCUGCGAAGGAACUUAGCAAUUCAUUGACUCAAAAAUUUAUUGUUGACAUGGAUCGAGUGUUGAAUCUCUACAAGAAAUAUCUUACCAAAUUUAAUUUUGAGGAGCUUGUGGAGUUGGCUAUCGACAUUCUUUGCCAUAGAAUGGAGCAUCUGAUUUUAAAUAGACGAUUUAACUAUUUUGGUGGAGUACAGGUCGAUAAGGAUUUGCGAGAAUUUAUGGAAUAUUUUGCAACCAAGACAGAGCGACCAGUGAGAAGUAAAUUUUCACGGUUGACGCAUAUUACAUAUUUAUUGAAAAUGACAGAGGUUGAUGACCUUUUAGAAAUCUGGGAAUCAGCACAACAUUGGGGCUUUUCAGUGAGUGAAAUUAAGAAUAUUCUGGGGUUGCGAGUGGACUUUAGCUUGGAUCAAAUCAAUAACCUGUCCAUUUAA